UGUAAGCAUAGUCGGGUUGUAGCCUUACGGGGGUUUGUACUCAGAUGGAUGGCUCUGCUCGCCGCCACGCUCAGCGAUCUCUCACUCGUUCCAGUGCCAGUGUCAUCGCUCGCUAAAAGUGACGCUCCGGUUUUUUCGCGAUAUGUUCGUUUUUUUGUGAUUGAAAAAAUGACUUCGUUCAUCGUACUUGUUCUGUUGAAUGUUCUCGCCGUCUCCGGAGACAAUUUGGCUCUCCUAUCUGGGACAUUACGAACAUUCCAAAAGGCUUCAUGUGAUGAGGAUACAAUGACGCUCAAGUGUCCAUCUGGUACAAGCAUAUCCAUACAAUUGGCACAAUAUGGAAAAUCGGCACCUUCAAGAACGUUGUGCAACUCAAAGACAUCGAGGAACUUCUUCAAUAUGAACCUGCCAUGCUUAUGGCCUACAGCCCUACAGUAUUCACUUUUGCAGACAGUAGUUGAGGCUUGUCAGAAGAAGAGACAAUGCAAAUUUCGUACUUCGCCUAACACCUUUGGUGGAGAUCCUUGCCCAGGUGUGCCAAAAUAUGUGGAAGUUGCUUUCAAAUGUAGACCCUAUGAAUUUCGAAGUGCCAACGCUUGUGAAAAUGAACGAGUACAUUUAAAAUGCAAUCCAAAUUUUAGGAUUGCUAUUUUAAGUGCCAGUUAUGGAAGAACUGAAUACGAGAGCAUUCAGUGUCCUCAGCCACAGGGUGUACCUGAAGAAACAUGCCUGGUUAGCUAUGCAACAGAAACUGUAAUGAACAUGUGCCAUGGAAAGAGGACUUGUGAGAUUUCAGCAGAUGUCAGGACUUUUGGUAGUCCUUGCAGGCCAGAAUCCAGGAUGUAUUUGAAGGUUGUUCACACUUGUGUUCCUCGUAAAGUUUUGAAAGACCAAUACGACAUGGGACUAGAGCCUGACGAAGUCGAGGAAGCGCAAGAAUUUUCAGAUGAAAACGAUAAGGACGAUUUCGAUUCUUAUGAUGUGGAUACCGCUUUUAUUGGGGAAUCUGCAGCUUCGCCGUCGGCUCCAAACUCGGAGGAAGCCAAAGGAAAUCAGCUUGUGAAGGAUGAACCCACCGUGAACGCUAAAAGUCCAAGUCAAAAGUCUAAAGAUGUCGAUAUAGAGCGCCAAGAACUCUACAUACUGUACCUGAUAAUCAGCAUAGCAUCUGGGGUCGUCAUAUGCCUAACAAUCUUAGUUGGAAGACUCCUCGUGCAACGCAAGAGAGCCAAAAACGAUUCCAAAUCCCAGACUACAAACAUCUCCGAUAACAGCCUCCCAAAUGGAUUCACCGACGACAUCAGCGAAGUAGAUGCUGACAUCGACUUAACAGCACCUCAUCCAGUACCGACUGCACCCUUACACCCUGUACCAAUCGAGGUUUUCACAGAGGUGGUGCACUACCCUCAUGUUCAUUCCCACCACACCUUCCUGAGGAACGAGGGUGUGGAGCCACCAAGAAGUAUCAGUGGCUCGUCAAACCCCCAUUUCUACUACGGAUGACAGGAGGCCUACCCUCCAACUGGAGGACUGCAGAAUUUCCACCACCAACACCAAAUAACUGUUUCCACCCCCAUGUGAAUGUAUUGAAUUUAGUGUGUUAAAUAAAUGUCUAUUAUAAUUCGAGGAUGCGAGGAAUUCGGUGAAAGAACUGACAGUGAUAAGGAGCUUGGUUUUGGGGAAAGUUCUAACUAAAAUCCUUGCGUGAGAUGAAUAUUAUAUUCGACGACAACUGAACACUAGAGGUGAAGUUCUGAACUGGUUUUAGAAAUUUAGAGGAGAAAUUGUGGUUUAGGGACUGAAGGACCCGGUGAGAGAGACAAAAAUAAUUGUGGCAAAUUAUAGAGGUUUAUUAUUAUAAUUCCUUAUAGUGGUUCUGUGUAUCUCGGUGAUGAUAACUACAGAUUAUUAUACAUUUUUGUUUAACAUAUCAAUGGAAAUAAACGGAUAAAUCGAUGUCAAAAAUCUUAUAACUGUCAUCAUGUAAACUGGGAAUUCUCAAUUGGGAAUUACUCCUUAAAUAUAGAAACAUUCGAUGUUAUACUACCAUGCUACUACCACUGUGCACAAUCCCACUAAACAAUUAUUAUGUAUAUGAAAAAUUUAGAAUUCUAUCCAUUCGGUUGAAUUAUAUUAUAUCUUGAUACUGACUGAUUUUAUAUUUAUGUUAUAUACUUCUGUCAAAAAUAUUUGUACAAUUUUCAAUAUAUAUUUAUUUCUUAUUUUGAA